CUUGACAUCUCCAACGCCGCCCAUCAACCAACAAACAACACUCCAUAAUACUCUUUUGGUUUUCAGGGAAACAUCCUCAGCCGGUGUACUGAUUGAUUACACAGACAUCUAACCUCCUGAAGUAUGCAGUCAUCGUUUCAAAGAUUGGCCACUCUUUGUGACUGACUUACUGGCUCCUGACUGACCCUGGCAUAUUUGGGCUUCAUGUCACUGCUCCAUGGAAAAGUCAACAUCAUGAGACGACGAACAGUUUGCGGCACCCGUCGAACGGGAACCUGAUUCGCAGGUUCCUCUGAUCCACACAGAAAUAGACGAACACAGUCCAACGACUCAAGCGGGCUUGGUGACAGCUUAACGGCACCGCUCAACUCUCUCUCCCCUGCACUCUCGUAUGGUCCACUCGACAAUUUCCAAUGCGUUGGCGCCUUACGUCGUCCUUGUCGCAUUGCUCCAACUGCUCCAACCCUUCUCUCGCGCACGCGACUUGAUUGGCAAGCCCUCAGUCGUUUCGUCUGCGCCGAUGUCCAGUUGGCACCAGUCCCGCACCCAAAAUGGAUGUGAAAUGCAUUCGCGCCUCCAGUGACAAGGGGACCUGUCUCUCAGAGUCUGUCUGCCAGCGCGGGAUGCGACAGACAAGGGGAGGGGUGCUCUGCAGCCUCUGCUCUGUCUGUCGCUCGUCAGGGCGGCCGACCUGCCCUGUCCUGCCGGUCCAGAGGGACGACUUACCUCAUUCAGGCCAUAGGAACAAGCUGCCGCAGUAGCAGCAAGACUGGCACCUUUUUUUGUGCCGCCUAGAUGUCAGACGGGUACUAAGCUGACCUGCUCUUCGAGAAAUGCUCUCCUCCAACACCAUCCGACCUCCCAGCGCGUGCUGGAGGAGGAAACGAGGACGGCAGUAGGUCGUCAUGGGGCAGUGUGUUUCGAGCGCCACCUCCGGCGCCGAGAACAGCAGCAGCAGCAGCAGCAACGCCAAUAAUAACAACCUCGGCAAACCCAGCCCUCGCUGUCAGGCUUCUGGUUGCCAGAGAGCUUGCGAUCCAGGGCCCAGGUCGCGAUACUGCACUCAACAUGCUGUGUGUAGACGACAGGGAUGUACAAGGCCGCGAUACCGCAAGGGCCCAUACUGUCAAGAGCAUUUAGAUACGUGUCGGGUGUCCAGGUGUGCCAACGACCAGGUCAGAGUUCACGAUGCUCGCUUCACCAAUUAUCUUUGUUGGGACCACCAGCCUGUCGAAACUCGCGAGGCCUGGUUCAACGGGACCCUCUUUUCAAACCACGAAGCAUCCAGGGCAGGUGCUCCCAAUCAUCAACAGCAGCAGCGCGCCCGACGACGUCGUUCGCGCCAGAACACCAAUCCCGCAUUGGCCGAGGCCGCUCCAGAACCAGUGCAUGAGCCUCGAGAGCACAUUUCCGAGGCCUCCUCGUCCGACGUCGAUGACGAUGACGAUGCCUCGAGCGUGGGCCGCCGGCUGUCUACGAUAGAAGAGACCGACAAAGCCGACACUGCGGUCUGCUUGAACAGGGCGCCGCGAGAUAUCUCUCUAGAAGUAGAGCCAGGAACGCCAACCGCUCGUCGCAGUCAAAAGACGGUGCAUUUCGCCGAGUCUCCCCCCCGGGUGUCCUUCCCGGAGAAGCACCACGGUGCGACGGCAUCCGUCCGGGCUGCCGACCCUGUACAGUCUCCCUCGGCAACCCGCCUCCGAUCUUCCCGUCACCGGCGCAGCGUUGACGGUCGACACGCAACACGCUCGUCUCCCAAGACUUCGAGCAGCGCCGUCGCCCCAGUGGUGCAUAACCGCGAGAAGCGUAGGAGCACCGGCAGCACCCCCAAGUCAGCCGACGCCAAGCGAGCACCGAGACCAAGGUCCAGCCCUUGAAGACAGACAAGCAAACCGGCCCCUGCAAACAAGGCUUUGACGUGGCGUCCAACGAGUCUCAUGGCCAGUCUGUCGUCAGAUAACUCAGCUGCGGCUACCUAUCGUUCUGGGACCAUCACGCUGCUUGUUAUCGCUUUUCUGCAGGGAGCCCUCUCCUGUUUCUUUUGGAAGUGG